UGAAUGGUAAACUUGAGCUGCAAAAGAAUUACCGAUAUUCUUGUUACUUGACAAUCAGCAAGAUUUCAGUCAACCAGCACAAUAUGGUAGUGCAAGGCCUGUCUGGCUUGCCCGUGGAACUUGUGCAGCAGAUUGCGAUUCACUUUACGUGCCAGGAGCAUGCGGCAGUCCGAGCUACUUGCAAAUGGCUAGAUGCUGCACUCCUCGAAUCCUGGGGCAAGAAGUACGCAAGCAGGAUGCAGGUGAUGCGCAUGGAAUUCAGUCUGCAGGCCCUGGUCGACUUGUCCAAGUCGCGGCUAUCUCCGUAUUUGAAGCAUGUGGUUAUCAGCAUGGAGGAGUUGCCCGCAAUUCGGUCUUGGCAUAGUGACAAGCUCGAGAUCUAUGCCCGUGAGCAGAGUAGGUUCGUGCAGGCUGGUGCAGACCUCGAGAUGCUGCAGAAGGCAUUUUUCAAUCUUCAACUCGAGACGGUCGAGGUACACAGUUAUUACAAGUACGAACCGCAGGCGCCAUGGACCACGUAUGGGCGGCGCAAGGUCAUGGAAGACCUGCGCCUGGACCUAUCAAAGGAAAAACCUCCUGUGAAUUUUGACACGACCUUGGCUAGCACCCUGCCGGGCGUCCUCUUCGCUCUUGGAAGGAGUGGUGCUAGACCUAAGAGGUUCGAGGUCAGCCUAGCAAGCGGCAGCCUUCCAGACGGAGCGUUCAUUAUCCUGAACCACAUGAAGGAACUAAUCACGUCCGUACUAUCAAGCCUAGAGUCACUAUCGUUGCCUGUUAGAUUCUCAGACCGUGCACCUGGUACGGGUCGUCUUCCGGCAGAGAAUCCCAACAGCUCGACGUACAACUUUAGACGCUUUCUACGAUGUCUCGAAGGCUCCAGUCUUCGACGUCUCAAGCUCGAUAUCUCUGGAGGACAGAGUCCAGAGGCCGAGGCAUUUUUCCAGUGGCUGGGCACAACGCCCGAAACAACCAUUCCGGGUCGACAGCUCCUGAGCGUUGGAGUAGGUCCGAGCCGACCGAGAGCCAUGCCGCCGCCUAUCUCGUUCGAGCACCUCGAGGAGCUAGAGCUGUUAAAUCUAUGUAUCGGCAGAGCGGCUUUGACCUUAGUGCUGCGUAAAAUCCAGCCAAGUCUUCGUUCGUUACGGCUUCAAAGGGUCUGCUUAGAUGAUCCGAGGAAUUCCGGGUCGCGAUACUCGGCGAGCUUCGGCGAUGAAGUAUGGACAGUAUUUCUCUGGAGCUUGAUCAGCAUUGGCUGCGGAGACACGCUGAGAACGAUAUCCCUACAACAACUAUCUUAUUUGAAAGGGUCCUCGAAAAGAGAGGUGUCAUUUCCUCAUGAAUACGAAGGGUUCAGAAGUUCAUAUGAGUACAGCGGUACUAAUAUGUGCGGUGCCUUGGAGGGCAUUGCAGGACAGCUGUAUCCUUACGAUGACCUCGACGUUUUCCAAUGAUUAAAUGAUAUGGUUCAAGUUACGUCGAUGCUACUGCUGAGUCGGAAGUAUUUCGUUCAAAUAGCCUUUUAGUCUGGCUCGAAUUGAUUUUAGUGAGACUUAGUUGUAAAGUGUCAUUUGCCAAAAGUACAAGUUUUGUAGUAAAGAUUUGGGUGCUUCUGUUUGUAUGAUUGUAUGUUGUGAGGAAGAUCAUUCCACGAGGAGCACAAAAGCUUACGUACGAUACAACUGAUUGGAGUGAUAUCUGUCAAUAAAAU